AGACAGAAGAAAUUGUAUCUAUAGUAUCUGAGGAAGAAAAUCAAAUUCUAGUAUCUGAGGAAGAAUCGAGUGCUUCCAUGUUUCAGUUCUUUAGUUCUAAUCCAUUUGAAUGUUCUUUAUUGGAUUCAAUUGUUAACAAAAAGUUUAUGUUUUUAACCUUGUUGUAUUUAAUGAUUAGCAAUUCAUUUACUGAAAUCGCAUUUGAUAGAUUUUUGAAGACUUUGCUGGUAUGUUAGAUGUAGUUUAAAUUGUGCAAUGUACUUGUAAAUGAAUAUUGUGAAGCUAAUAAAAUUAUCAAUCAACUUAGUCCUUAGCAAUAAAUGUUGAUCUGGCUAUUUAUCUCUGGCUGCUACCAGAAAUGGUGCACAUUGCCAAUAAUUCGUAAAAAAAGUCUGAUAAAGUAAUGCAGAACGUUCCUAAUUAUAAAACAUUUUACUUGUGAAAAUUUUAUCCGACUUUUUUUACAAAUUAUAUAUUAUAUAAUAUUUUACAAUUAUAUAUUAUAUAUUUUAUAUCUAUAGUUUUUACAAAUUAUUUUUUUUACAAAUUAUUAAAUUAUAAAAAUAAUGAAGUAUGUCAUAUUUUUAUUUCAACUUGAGGCUGGGGUCUGGCCCAGGCUUAGUUUGGUUGAUAAAGCUUGAAAAAAUAUAUUUUUAAUUUUUAAAUUUUUUUAAUAGAUUUUUCGCUGUAUAAAUGACAUGCCGUCAUCUCAUAAAAUGAUUCGUAGAUUUGUUACUAAAAAUAUAUUCUCCCAUACUGAACCAACGCAUAAAUAUUAUUGUCAUAAUUGCUGCACAGCUUUAGUUGACACGUGUAAAAUAAAUACUCAUUGUUCAUCCCAUAUCUUUAUAUUGGAUAUCAUUAGCCAAAUGAAACUUGUUUUAUUUCUGAAUUUGGAUGCAAUUAAAUCAUAUCAAUUGGAAAUUAUGUCAGGUAAAAGAAAGAGUGAUUUUAUUUCUAGACCAAAUUUUGUUGAAAAUAUGAAGUCUGCAAAUGUUUUACAUAUUCAUUUAUUGAUGUCAACAGAUGGUGGAGAACCAUACACAAAAAAAAAGAUUACAAUGUGGCCAUUUCAUGCUAUUAUUUUAGAUUUACCAUCUUAUAAACGAUUCCUAUUUGAAAAUACACUACUUCUUGGUUUAUGGUUCUCAUUAUUAAAACCUAAUUGGAAUGCUUAUUUAAAGGAGUACAUCAAUGGAAAACUGUUUGAAACACCCCUUGAAAUUAACAAUAUCCAAGUAGUUAUUCAUAUUGUUGGUUUUGUUUUCGAUUUGCCUGCAGUGGCUUCAAUCAUCAAUCAUAAGCAGUAUAAUGGUGAAUUUGGAUGUCACUAUUGCGAACAUCCUGGUAGAACAAUUGAAAGAAAACAUGGUUCCGCUAGAAUUUAUUCACAUUCAGAUACAAAUUAUAAUCUUAAAACAUCUGAAGUGUAUGCCAUAUAUGCUAGAUUAGCCGAAAAAUCAAAAGUAUCUGUAUUUGGAAUUAAAGGCUCAAACAUCUUUAGUGACAUUUCAUUUAUUAAAGUGCCAGAUAUGAUACUUAUUGAUGUGUUACAUUUGUUUUACGAAAAUUGCUCAAAAAAGCUUUUAGUUUGUUUAUUUUCUGUUACCAAUAAACACAAAUCAUUUUUUAUUGGUAGUGCAAAAUUAAAUGCUAUGGAAAUCUUACUUGCUGAACAAAAAAUGCCACAUAACAUGCCCAAGCUAUUAACUAUUAAAUCAUUCACACAUUGGAAAGGCCAUGACUUUAAAAACUUUAUUUUAUACUUAGCAGUUCCAUAUUUUUUACCAUAUUUGAAUCCUGACUGCAUGAUGAUGAUUUAUUCUCUAGUAAUUGGUAUGCGUUUGUGUAGCAGUGAAAUAUGUUUAGAUAAGGUGUUGCUUAUUAGUCAGCUGUUUAACUUUUAUCAAAAAUCAUUGUCUGAGUUGCUUCCUUUAUAUAUGAAUACUAUAAAUGUUCAUUUGCUUGGUCAUGUUAGCGAUAUUAUUAAAAUGCAUGGAAGUGUUACAAAUUACUCAAUGUUUUGUUUUGAAGCUCGGCUAAGUAAUUAUAAAAAAAUGAUGAAGGGAACACAUGGUCAUCCACAACAGAUUGUACAAAAAUUUCUUGACUUCAAAACAGCUUCUUGUUUUUUGCAAACAACAGAUCAUCCUAAAAAAGUUGAAGUUUGUAAAGCAUUAAAUAUUGGCAUUAUUGAACAAGAAGAAUUGCAGUUGUUAAAUCCGGGCAGAUUGUUGAAACAUGGUAUUGUUUACCAUUCAAAAGGUUAUGGCAAACAUAACAGCUACACUUGUCAAUUUGGACAUAAUAAGUUUGGUAUCAUAUUAGAUUUUCCUUUAGUUGACAAUGUAAUACAUGUUCAGUUACAACUAUUGAAUGUGAAGUGUAAGUUAGUUUCUACUUUUGUUGAUAUGGUUGGAAAUUUGGAAAUUAACUUUGAUUAUGACUUUUUUUUUAUUGUUGAACAAACAAAAAACAUUGUUGUUAUUUCAGCUGACACUUUAGUCUGCAAAUGUAUAUUAAUUAAAAGUAAAUUAGAUACAAAAGAUGUAUUAAUUUUGACACCAUUGAAAGAACUUUUCGCAUAUGCUUAGGGUGGCUAAAUGUAAAUUUUGUAAUUAAUAAAUAUGCUUCACAUCAUGCAUGUGUGUUUUUUUAUACUAACAAACAUUUUUAUUUUUAAUAUUUUGAUAAUUUGAUUUAAAAUAAUUUGAUAAUUUGAUUGAAUUUUUUUACAGGUUUAUAUUUUAUUAAAUAAUGACUUACCCUGAUAGAAAUAGAACAAAGAAAUUAGAUUUUGUAGACACUCAAAAGCUUGCUUCUACGUUUGUUCUUUUAUGGUACAAGGAUUGUGAAAAAGAUGAGCGACAUACCUCUCCCAUAUCACUUUCAAAUACACUUUUUAACCAUUAUUCAUCCGUUGAAUGCCUUGAAUUUCAAGUGAAAAAUGUAGUGCAUGUUUCUAUUGCAAAUAUACAACACGCAGCUGUCAUCAUCUAUAAGGGGUCUAUUACCCAAUGCUGUAAAUUUGAAACAUUGCUAGAAAAUGCUUGCUUACUUCAUCAGUGCUAAAAUCCUAGCACUGAUGAAGUAAGCAAGUUUGCCCUCAAUUAUAUUGAAGGCAAUACUGACGGAAAAAGAAAACAUUCUGAUGGAGACCAAUCCUCAGAUUCAGAGAAUAUUGCACCGGUCUCAGAACAUACAGGCCUAAACGGACCUAAAUAUAAAUCGACUCAAACCUAAAUAUAAAUCAAAGGUGCUGAAAAAAAAACAUGUAAAUGAAGUGUUGAAUGAAAAUUCAGAAUCAGAGUCCUUUGCAUCAUUUUAUAACAGUCAAAAAGGAUCUAAAAAAGUGAAGCACAGAUUAUGGCUUUGGAAAAGCGGAAGCUUGACAUGCUACUUGACAAUGUUGAUGCUCCCAGAGCAUUGAUGCUUCCAAUAAUUAGUGAUGUUCCUAAAACAAAACACUGUGGUUCACCGAAGUUAAGCAAACUAUCUUGUUUAGAAGCAAUUUUAAUUGAACAAAAGAAACUUCUUUUUGAACAAAAGAAGACCAACAAACUGUUGUCUGAAAUUUUGCGCCCAAUAGAAAAAGAAUCUGUAAAUAAUGAUAAUGCCGUGUAUACUGGUUUUGAUGCCGAAUUUAAAUUGCACGACAUUCAAAAACGAGAACCAUGUAGCUUUGCAAGAAAAUUUAUUUUGUUGCGAUUCGGAAAGGAGUUUACUUGCACGCGUAUUUGUGAACCAAACGGACCUACUGCACGCAUUCAAAUGGAGAACGAAGAAAUUCAGGAAGUUAAAGGUGCACUUGACAAAGUGUUUACGUCUUACAACUGGCGUGUUGUUUGGGCGAGUAUUAAUCAAUUUUUCCGAGACAAUAAAAGUAGUACAAAAGUUUGAAGACUAAACAAAUGAGUGACAUUUUUCUUGUGGUGUGGGGUUGUCAGCGUUUUUCGCUUAUCCCCCCCCCCCCCCCCAUUCUAUCUGUAAUGUGUUUUGUAUGUUUUGUGUGUUAAAUAAAUACACCAUCUUAUUUAUUCUAAA